UGCAAAUUUUCCCAUUCUCUAUCCAAUUAUUUUCCUCUAUUCAGGAGCGACUCGGAGUUCCGACCCUGAAUGUUACAUGACAACCUGACACUGGACAUAUUUUCACUAUGAGUCAUAUUGGCGUCUCUUCAUAUUCAUCUGAUGCCUGGUUGAGAGAGCAAGAUCCAUCACAUGUUGUGAUGCUCUUUCUGUGUGGCGUCUCGAUGCGAUCUGCUUCACAUUAUUCCUUCCGUAUGCUCUUUCAGUCGGCACUGCCAGUCCGACCUAGCUACCGGAUCUUUGGGGAACUUGCACGUUGUUAGCUUGCACGCUGUACGGCUUCACUGACACCUGCGUCAGUUGCCCAGCUGACAUCCUAGGGCCAUGGGUUCUGUGAACAUUCCUUCUGCGGAACUUGCAACUACCUGUAUAGAAACAUUUCUAUAUGGCGUAUUCUUCGUCUUGUCUAUUAUAUCCUUGCUUCUAUUGUGGCAACGCCAGCAAAUGUAUGGGAAGCGAAAUUCUAUGUCACGGAUAUCCCAUGCAACUAUUAUGGUCUUCGUCGUCUUAGUUUUCAUCGCUAACACCUUGCAUUGGAUUGUGGAAGUCGUACGCGUCUUUGAGGCUUUCAUCUACUUUUCCAACGGUCCGUUGGAAUACUAUGGAGAUCUUUCACGUCCGACGGAGAUCGUGCAAAGUGCUGCCACGAUUGUGGUGAUUGUUUUGACCGAUGCAAUGUUUCUUUAUCGUCUUUGGAUCGUAUGGGCAUACAAUAUUCGAGUGGUGAUUUUUCCAAUAUGCACUUGGCUGGGCUUAUUUGUGGCUGGGAUCGGCACAAUCUAUCAGCUUACGCAAAUGUCAUUCGGAGAGAGUAUCUGGGCCGGUACUCUGGGUGAUUGGUUAACGACCAACGUCGCGACAUCGCUUUGUACGAAUGUAUAUUGUACCGUUAUGAUUGCCUGGCGUAUUUGGAGCAUGAGCUCAUCCCUACGACCUAGCAUAGGUGCACGAACAAUGUCCGUGCUGGCAACUAUCAUUGAGAGUGCCGCUCUGUACUCGAUAUGGAGCCUCUUCUUCCUAAUCACGUUUGAGGCGAAGACCGACCUCCAGGUCCUCAGCAACGAGACGCUUCCAUUCAUAGCUGGGAUAUCCUUCACACUCAUUAACGUCAGAGUCGGACUGGGUUGGUCGCAAAGCGCCCAAUCAUCCACCUCUAUCAGCAGUGUCCGCUUCGGACAGAGGAUGAAUCAUAACAAUCAGCAGAGUUACGUGAUGCGACCAGUGGCGAUCAACAUCAAUCAGGCCGUGGAACAGGAACCCACUGGGGAGAGGUAUGUUGCAGAUACAUUCACCGAGAUGAGCAAGUCCUGCGUGUAGAAUAGGGAUUCAGAGUCAGGGAUACACUACUCACCACUUGCGGAUCACAUGUAUAUAUGUAUGAAUGUCUCAGAACGGAACUAUAUCGACUGGAUAAUCAUGGU